CCGAAAGCGAGAAUGCAAAUGAGCUUAUCUCCGGUUGGUUGCGCCCCAUGCUCUGUUCCCAUGCAACAUACAGUCGUUUGAAAAACACAUUCCAUCCGAUAGCGAAGCUCUCGAGAUCUCACAAACACCACAAUAACCGGUCCCACGCUUAGCGUUCCGACAAAAACAUCAACCGGUGGUCGCGCCGGACGCGUAAACAAGUUAUGCGCUCGUUCUAAGUCGUCAUCAUUGCGCGUUAGGUCUACAAUCGUAUCCAGUGGAUUUGGAUGGUUAGUUAUCUGCCGUGACCGCUAUCGUGAGGAAGCACGAAAUAUAGCUGCCCGCUCGUGGUUACCGACGCUAGUCACUGUGGUUUGUGUCUUCAUUCCGUACUUCUCCGCACCAGAGCGCUCUUCAUACCAGCUCGGAACCACCAUGUCGUUUGUUGCUGUGCCACAGGGAAGCGAUUUCCCGAUCGAAAAUCUUCCGUACGGUGUGUUUAGCACCGCUGCUAACCCUACUGCUCGUGUUGGUGUGGCGAUCGGUGAGAAGAUUCUCGAUCUAUCGGCGGUUGUGAGCUUUUAUCCGGAGAAUGUGCGAAAUGCACUGCAAGCGACCGUACUGAAUGAUUUGAUGUCUUUGGGUUGUGAUGCGUGGGCAGAAGUGAGACGCAUCACUAAGGAGCUCCUGCUCGACGGUUCCGCGCUGCACAAAGAUGCGGCUCUCCAGGCACGUGCGCUUGUGGCACAGUCUGAAGCGAAAAUGCACCUGCCGGCAAACAUCGGUGACUAUACCGACUUUUACUCAUCGAUCCAUCAUGCCACCAACGUUGGCGUCAUGUUCCGCGGCAAGGAGAACGCUCUCAUGCCCAACUGGAAGCAUCUGCCGGUGGGUUAUCAUGGGCGGGCCAGCUCGGUGGUCGUCUCCGGUACACCGAUUCGACGCCCUUACGGUCAAACUCUUCCGGUGGAUGGUGCCGAUCCGGCGUUCGGACCGUGCCGUUUGUUUGAUUUCGAGCUGGAAAUGGCGUUCUUCGUCGGAGGACCACCAACCGAACUGGGUGAACGGGUUUCGGUCCGUGACGCAUCGAAGCGGGUGUUUGGAUUCGUGCUGAUGAACGAUUGGAGCGCACGGGAUAUUCAGAAAUGGGAGUACGUACCGUUGGGACCUUUUACGGCCAAAAACCUUGGCACCAGCAUCUCGCCGUGGAUCGUCCCGGUGGCUGCCCUGGAACCGUUUCUGGUGGACAAUUUCCCGCAAGACCCCAAACCCUUCCCUUAUCUACAGCACGAGCAGAACUUCAACUUCGAUAUCAAGCUGGAAGUCGACAUUAAGCCGAAAGCAACCGGCGUAGCAACGACGGUGUGCCGUUCGAACUACCGAAACCUGUACUGGACGGCACUGCAGCAGAUCGCGCAUCACACCGUCACCGGGUGUAAUCUGAAGCCCGGUGACCUGAUGGCAUCCGGUACGAUCAGUGGCGAUGCGUCCGAUUCGUUCGGCUCGAUGCUGGAGCUAAGCUGGAAGGGCACGAAAUCGGUUCCGCUGAGUGGUGGUGAAUCGCGCAAGUUUCUACAGGACAACGACGCGGUCGUCAUUCGCGGUUACUGCAGCGCAGACGGGUUGAGGAUUGGAUUCGGGUCCUGCGAAGGUGUCGUACUUCCGGCAACACCGUUCGAGUAAUGACCUUGUGUGAUCGUGUGCGGAUGCUGGAAUGUUUUAGCAAGGUGUUAUGAAUACAUUCCUAUUUCAGUC